CCCGUGUAGAUGAAGCUUUGUUUUGGUGCGGAAAGUUCAGCAACUACUUAUUUCCGCAAACAUUUUGCAAGUUUCCUUGGCAGUAGAAUGGAGCGGUAUCCAACAUCUUGAUCAGCCGCUUUUGUCGAUAUACUCUUGAUCAUGUCUUCGGCAAAGAUCCCAGAGGGACUGCAGUCUUUCCUUCGUCACGCAGAGAGUUUACAUCCUUCGAACAAUGCACGGCGAGAGAAUGGUUUUGCGAGGGAAUUCCAGCAAUUGAAGGAUAUGUCCUCUAAAUUGAAGAAAGAUCCAGAAUACAGUACUCAUCAAGGAGAGCUUGAGUAUAAUCGUCCUAAAAACCGAUAUAAAGAUAUUGUGCCAUUUGACUAUAAUCGUAUCACUCUUCCAUCAUUGGCUGGUAAACCUGGUUCAGACUACAUCAAUGGAAACUACAUUAAGGGACCAGAUGGGAAGACUCAUUACCUAGCUCUACAAGGUCCUUUGCCAAGAACAGUUGAUGAUUUCUGGAGAGUGAUAGCAUCUCACAAAUGCCAGAUUGUGAUAAUGGUAUGCAGAGAAAUUGAGAUGGGGAAGGUGAGUGUUGAUUCUUCUACAGGUAAAAUCAACUGG